UAAAAAAAAGCGUUGGUUUGGCUUGGGUUUACAACAGAAUUUUUUAUAGUCGCGCGAACACAUUGUGAUUUUUGAGAUUCAGUUCCAGUUUAAUAAUAACUGUGAAAUUUGGUGAUUAUUGCUAAAUUAAAAAAAAAGUAAAAUGUCUAGCACUUCUCAAAAACAUAGAAACUUCGUAGCAGAGCCUAUGGGAGAAAAACCCGUAACCGAUUUGGCUGGAGUCGGAGAAGUGUUAGGGAAACGACUAGAAACUGCCGGUUUCGAUAAGGCUUACGUAGUUUUAGGACAAUUUCUGGUUCUAAAAAAAGAUCGUGAAUUAUUUCAAGAAUGGAUGAAAGAAACUUGCAAUGCUAACUCAAAACAAUCUACAGACUGUUAUCAGUGUUUGAAAGACUGGUGUGAUGAAUUCUUGUAAGUUAUGUUGGUAAAAAAGGGGUUUAUUCUAGAGUGACUACAUUUUAAAACUAAACACUGUUUCUCGUUUCCACUUCAUUGAUUAAAUAUGUAAAUGAUGAUAGACUAUACUGUCUAGAACAAUUGAUAGUAAAAUUUUCAUAUUAUGUUUAAUUGAUUAAAAAUAUAUGUUACUAAUAAUGAAAAGGGGUAUUUGUCACAUAUUUACAUCUGUAUCAUAUAAAAAUUAGUAAAAUUUAGUAGGUACAGUAUGGCAGUGUUUAUGUACUGUUAUUAAAAAAAUAUUUUUGCUUGACUGGGUUCACGUUAUUGAUACUAAAAUAUACCAAACAUUUUAAUUAUAAUUAGAAGGUACAAUUUUAAAUCCAAGACUCAAACACAAGUUUUUAAAACAGCUACUAAUAAAAUAUAUCAUUAAUUCUCAUCUUCCAAUAAAAUAUUUUGUUGAUAUUCACUUACAAGUUGAAAUUAUAAUGCACAAAAGAAAAUAAAAUGUAGAAAACACCAAUCUUAAAUAUUAUAAUAUGUAUUUGUUAUGUCAAUGUGAGUUCAUUAAUACAAAUGUAUUGUAAUUAAUUUUUGAAAUUGUAUAGGAUAUUUACUUAGGCCCCUAUUAUAAUUAUCAUCGUAUAUUCAUAGAAGUAUAUCACUAUUUAGGACUAAUUUACAACAGUUACUGUUAAAUUUGUUUAUGACCAUAAUAUUAUAUCUUUGAUUAACACAAAUCUUAUAGCUUUUCUUAUUGUUCAUUUGAAUCCUUCCCACUAAUGUACAAAGUUAUUAAAUAAUUGUUGUCAUACUUCUAUGAGUACAUCUUCUACCUUUUACUUAUUUUAUAAUUUAAUAGAGGCCUUAUAUUCAAGUUCAUAGACAGUGUAAAAUUAUAAUGAUACAAUUAAACAUUGAUGUAUGUAAAUAAGUAAAAGAUGAUUAAUAUAAGUAAUAACUUUAUAUUUUUUUAAUUAUAACUAU